CCGGGGCCGCGGGUUCGAGCCCCGGCCCCGCCGCUUCCGCCUCCGGGGCCGGGCCGGGGUCGCGGCGCUGCCAUGUCCUGCCACUUCCAGAGGCUCUUUGGGACCGACGGGGAGCUGGAGGACGAGGAUUUCCUCUCCGCUGUGCAAGAUGCAGAGAACCAGUUUGUGAUCCCCGGACAUUCCUCGCCCAGCGCCGUGCCGGUUCUUCCCAGUGGACCCCAUCCCAGUGAACCCCAUCCCAGUGAACCCCAUCCCAGUGAACCCCAAACCAGCGAACCCCAACCCAGCAGACCCCAACCCAGCGGACCCCAAACCAGCAAACCCCAAACCAGCAAACCCCAUCCCAGCGAACCCCAAACCAGAAAACCCCAUCCCAGUGAACCCCAUCCCACUGAACCCCAACCCAGCGGACCCCAACCCAGUGAACCCCAAACCAGCGGACCCCAACCCAGCAGACCCCCCAGCCUGCGGCCCCUCGCCCAGCAGCCCGUGGGCCUGCGGGUUCCCCCGUGGCGGGGAGCAGCGCCCCAGGAUGAGCAGGACAAUGCCCUUUUCCUGGCUGCCUGCAGGGAGCUCGAGGGGCCCGGCGCUGCCCCGGUGCCCCCCGGGCGCCGCGAGAAGCCGCCCUGGAAGGGCGCAGGGAAGGAGAACGCUCAGGAAUGUGGGGUCCCCAAAAAGCUCAGGCUGGCACAGGAGCUGGUCCCCGGCUCCGGGGGGCUGCAGGAGGGGCAGGGCCCCCUCCCCAGUCCCGCAGCCCUGAAGCAGCUCCCGAAAAACAAAGUUCCCAGCAUGGCCGUGAUGAUCAAGUCCCUGACCAGGAGCAGCGCUGGUGCCGGUGCCGUGUUCCGGGACCCCACAGGGGAGAUGCAGGGCACCCUGCACCGGCUGCUGCUGGAGCAGAGGCAGAGCGAGCUCCGGGCCGGCUCCGUGCUGCUCCUGAGGCAGGUCGGGGUCUUCUCCCCCUCCCACCGCAACCACUACCUCAACGUGACCCCCAACAACCUCCUCCGGAUCUUCCCACCCGAGCCCGAGGGCUGCUCCCCCCACCAGGUCCCUGGCCUGGCUGAGCUGAGCCCAGAGCCCCCGGCACGGCCCACCCGGGCUGUCCCUGCUCCCGAGCACCGGGGACAGCCGAGGACAGGCGGACCCAGCGCGGAGCAGCGUCCCGGGGGCUCCUCCCUGCGCCCAGCGAGCUCUGAUCCCGGCUGGGAAGGACCGGAGGGAACGGAUGGAUGUGACCUGGAUGACCUGGACGGGCUCCUGGGAGAGCUGCCCGAGGAUUUCUUCUCAGCCCCGGCUCGGGUUGACUGCGGCUGAGCCCAGCAGCUCUGCUGAGGGUGG